AUGAAAAAAAAAUUGCACCGUUAUUUUUUGCUCCACAUAUUGCAUGACGCAGCAAAGGAACGGCUCUUUUCUAUCCACAGAUUUUCUGUGAUCACGAAGCUGCGUUUUCAGGAAGAUGAAAACUCCAGUUUCACAAAGCCAGCGUCAGCAAAAGAGGAAGAUGAUAAGGAGGAAACCGCUAAGGAGGGCAAUGAAGUUGCUGAAGGAGGAAAGGAGGGCGAAAAGAAGCGCACUUUCAAUCGAAAGGUAAUACGUCUGCCUAAAGAAGUGUUUGAUUUCAUGGCUAAAAUCGAAGAGGAUGGCGUUGUGAGAUUCAAUCUUACACAGUUCGGCGUUUUUUAUCUGAAUGAGCUGAAGUUUAUGGGAACGAAUGUUGAUGCUCUGGAAUGGCUUACUGCAGAUGUUCCUUUACUCAAUGUAAGCGUUCCUCCCACUGCAAAGGGUGAUCCCACUCUCAUUGUGGAUCAUUUUUCGAGCGAUCCUGCAGUUCGCGAGGCUCAAGAAACACGUCUGAAAGGAAUCUUGGAGAACCGAGAAAAGCUGAAGCAGGUUUAUGCAUCUGGUGGAAAGAUCCUCCCUGCUGAUGGGAUAGAUAAGAAGAUCGCGAAAAGGCAGAGGAAACGGCAGAGAAGGGAAGAAAGGAUUAAAAUGAUGGAGCAAGGAGGGGGAACUGGAACUGGAAUUCCUGCAAAAGCCGAUGAGAGCAAGUAUGUGUUAUUCAGCACGUUUUGCAUCUAAUC